AUUGGCAACGGUCAGUACAUUGUUUCUCUCGUCGGCGAUACAGUCCAAAAUAAAGCCGUGAACAUGAAUUCGUCGUUAAAGCUUGCUUGUCUGUUAGCAGUGUUUGCUAGUUGUUUGUGCAGAAGUGACGCUUUCGUCAUUCCAAAAAAUGAAACUGAAGGUGGACCAUGCCGCAAUUUCACAAUCCAGAACAUCUUAGAUAUUACAGAGGAAUUAAGAGCACGAAUGCAUUUACCUAUUCCACGAUUCAAUGUACCAGCUUUACAUCCACUCUUUGUUGAACAUAUCAGUUUGCAAGAUUUCGAACUGUUGGCUGGGCUCGACAUUCAAUUGCACAAUAUCAGUUUCAUUGGCUUCCGUGAUUUCGAAAUCAGAGAUCUUGACUUCAAUUUACUCGGAUUCGAUAUUUCCCUUCAAUUCUUCAUUCCAUCUUUGGAAAUUUCCGGACAUCAUGUAUCCAACGGCACUCUCUACGGACUAGUUCCAGUUAUUGGAUCCGGACCAGUGAACCUCACCGUUGCUAAUCUAACAUUCGACAUUGCUGGAAAAUUGAAUCACACAGACAUUGAGUGGGAGGCGGUUAAUUUAAGUGUGAACUUCACCAUUACCGGCAUUAGCGGAGCUUUCGAAAAUUUGUCGGACAACUUCUUCAACGAUCUCUUGAAUUUGAGUGGUCCGGAAAUUUUGGAACUUGCAUGGCCAGGACUUCAGCCAACAGUGGAAGAGACCCUCGGUUGGGCUGUUGGCGAAUUUUUGAAUGAUUUCACGCUCGAAGAAUUGAUGGGAAUGUUGUUCGGAGCCGGCAUCGACUGGUCGGAUGUUGAUGACCAAACAACAGCAGCACCAACAGCAUUACCACAAUAUUGAUGGCGCCUUUAGUGGCGACACCAUAAUCAAUAAAAAAAAGUUUCAUCUUAUCAUUGAUUAUUGUUUUUUUUUUCGUUUAUCAUCGAAAUAAAUUCUGUACUCAUUUACAGUACAAAGUU